AUGCCUGCCCCCAUUGAGGUGAUAGAUCCGCUCGCUGUCGUGCGUGAUCUCCACGACGACGAGAAGCUGGUGGUCGACGACUUUGAGCGUCACGCCAACCACUGCCACCCCUGCUCCCACGCUGUCCAGACAUACCGGGAUGGCCAUUCACUCUGCGAGUCGGGCAACACCCGCGCCCGUACUCUCCAAAAUUACCUCUAUGGCCAAAGCGGAAAGCACUACUCUACCGUGGACCUUGAGAGCGGCAAGUCGACACGAGUGAAGCUGCCCCGGGAUGCAUUCGCUACCCGUGAGCUCCUCACAGCUCUCGAGCAAGGUAUGCGCAUCCGCGAGAAGGCCAUCGUCAUUCAGAAGCCCGUCCAGCCCGCUCAACAUUCCCACUCGAGGAGCUACGAUCAGACCUACCACGUCCCAGCUCGCCAGGUUAGCGGCAAGCAGGUUCGCCCUCGCUCCAUGUCCCCCGAGGCUUACCAGCUCGUCGAGAGAUCCCCGCGCCUCUCUCGCUCUCCCACUUCCAUCAUGUACCGUUCACCCGGUGGCUCUCCCGCUCGACCAUCCUCCAGCCGUGGAUCCUUGUACAGUGUGGACCGGCUGGAGCGUGUGGAGCGCAACUCCGAGACUCCUCGCCGCUACGUCGAGCGUUCACCCAAGCACCGUUGA